AUGGAGAGUCUUGGUCGAAUUUCCGAGACUGGAGAGCGCAGCCAUCGGAAGCGGUGGCUGCAGCAGACAGCCCACACCACUCAGACCAUCACCACCCAUCCACCACCCACCCCCCGCAGGGAACCGCCCUUACCACCAGGGACCGCCCUUACCGCCAGGGAGCGCCGUUACCGCCAGGAACCGCCCUUACCGCCAGGGGCCGCCGUUACCGCCAGGGGCCACCGUUACCGCCAGGGGCCGCCCUUACCGCCAGGGGCCACCGUUACCGCCAGGGACCGCCCUUACCACCAGGGACCGCCCUUACCGCCAGGGGCCGCCCUUACCGCCGGGGGCCGCCCUUACCGCCGGGGGCCGCCCUCACCGCCGGGGACCGCCCUCACCGCCGGGGGCCGCCCUUACCGCCAGGGGCCGCCCUUACCGCCGGGGGCCGCCGUUACCGCCAGGGGCCGCCCUUACCGCCAGGGGCCACCGUUACCGCCAGGGACCGCCCUUACCACCAGGGACCGCCGUUACCACCAGGGACCGCCCUCUUACCGCCGGGGACCGCCGUUACCGUCAGGGGCCGCCCUUACCGCCAGGGGCCGCCGUUACCUCCAGGGGCCGCCCUUACCGCCAGGGGCCGCCGUUACCGCCAGGGACCGCCCUUACCGCCAGGGACCGCAGCCCUGCAGGACCUCAGGCGUUUUCACAGGGCAGCAGCCGCACUCGCUUCAUCUCAUCAGGAAACUUAUCCUGGGCUGGAUGAGGGCAGGCUGCCAUGUCCCCAAACUACCAGCUGCAAGAUAG